CCGUGGGCUGACAGCGCAGAGGAGGGGAGAUCGCGGGCUGCUCCACGUCGCUCACGCCUGCCCCUCCACCCCGCACUCUGACCCUCGUCCCUGCUCUCACCCCCUACCCCUUCUCACACUCCUCACUUUCUUUUUUCUUUUACUCCCUUUUGCUUCGCCUCUUCCUCUUCCCUCUUCUUCUGUCCUUCCCCUCUCCUCUCCCCUCCCGGCCCUGCCACACUAGCAUGGCCGCCUCCCCAGACACCCCGGGGGCGAGGAUGGCGGGGGCGGCGGGGCUCUGCGGCCAGAGCCCUACCAGGCCCGGAUCCCGGGCGAGGUCCCCCAGUCCCCAGCAGCGUCCCCGAGGCUCUGAGGACUCGUAAUCACCGUGACCCGGCGUGGCUGUUCUGACAGGGCCGAAUUUCCAGAGGCGGAGAAGGGAAUCAAGGCCAGAGGUAUGAACAAGGUGUUGAUCCUGAAGGGAAAAUUUUUGUAAGGAUGGACCCACACCAGAAGGUCCCCAGCACAUGUAAUGAGGAUACUUUAGAGGAGAUUAAUGCGGAGAUUCUUGAGUAUGAAAAAGCCUCUCAGUAUGAAGACCAGUUGGAAAGGCAUGAGGAAGGACCCACAGAAGAAAGACGGUAUAAAUGCAGUGAGUGUGGAAAGAAGUUUGCCCAGAGCUCAGGCCUUGUUCGACAUCGGAGAAUCCACACUGGAGAGAAGCCCUAUGGGUGUGAUCACUGUGGAAAAGCCUUCAGUGUGCGCUCCACCCUCACUGUGCAUGAAAGAAUCCACACUGGUGAGAAGCCCUAUACUUGUAACGAGUGUAGGAAAGCCUUCAGUGUGAGGGCACACUUGAUUAUACAUCAGAGAAUCCACAAUGGAGAGAAACCCUAUGAAUGUAUUGAAUGUGGCAAAGCAUUUAGUGUGAGCUCAGACCUUAUCAAACAUCAGAGAAUCCACUCUGGUGAGAAACCUUAUGAGUGUGAUGAGUGUGGAAAAGCGUUCAGCGUGAGCUCAGCCCUCAUCAAACAUCAGAGAAUCCACACAGGGGAGAAGCCGUAUGAGUGUAAGGAGUGUGGGAAGGCUUUCUAUGUGAACUCAGCCCUUAUUAAUCAUCAGAGGAUUCACUCUGGAGAAAAGCCCUAUGAGUGUGGAGAAUGCAGGAAAGCAUUCAGCCAGAUCUCAACCCUUAUUCAUCACCAGAGAAUCCAUACUGGAGAGAAACCGUACGAGUGUGACGAGUGUGGGAAAGCUUUCCGUGGGAGCUCUAAUCUUACCAAACACCAGAAAAUACAUACCAAAGGAAAGUGUCAAAAGUGAUUUAUGUGGUGAAGAUAUUCCAAAGGACUUUUUUGGUAUCAGAAGUUACCACCAAAAGAAGGGUGUGGUAAAAGUUAAUGUUUUAAUUGACACUUGGUCCCUUGCAAUAUUGAAGAAGAGAGAAGUCAAUGAAAAAUGAUUCCAUCAGCAUAAUGACUGACCAAAGCUCUAAAAUCGCAUCUUCUUCUGAGAGUGCAGUUUUACAACUCAUAAGGUAAAGUUAUUUGAAAACCAUAUACCAUAGUGUAGUUUGUUUUGGUUUAGUAAGAGCAAACUUCAAUAUUUCAAACAUGAUUUUUAUUUUUCUUAUUAUGAGCCUUUUGUUGUUAUUGUUGUUGCUACCAGUAUUACAGGUGAAACAUGAAAUUUUGAAAUUGGAAGUAACAUUAGUUGAUGAGACGGGGACCACAUAUUCUCAUUGAAUCUGAAAAUACUAACCUGUUGGACUUCCUUUCUUUGCUUUUGAUGUCCCGUUAUGCUCUCAGGGAUGAUUAGCUGGCUUAGUGACCUCCUGGCUGAAG